CAUGACAGAGACGCCUACCAAUGAUGCCUUGGAUACCUCACUAGAUGGUAGUAAUUUGCAGGAUGAAGAAUUUGUUACUGAGGAUAUUGUGAAUGAAGAUAUUACUGAAGUACAAAAUCCAUCCUCCCCUGUUAUUCCAUUGUUGGACCUCAAUAACACUGAUGUGUUUAGGAAAGACAAACUAAGAACUCCAAGCAAACGAGCCGUACCCUUCUCUGUACAAUCACCAUCACAAGAACUUUACGCAAAAUAUAUUCGUUUGGAACAAGACUUUAAGGAUCUUCAAAAAGCCUUUGAUUUAAUUGAUGUUUUGGAAAAGUCUAAAAUUUCAGAUCAAAAACUCCUUAAGAAGAAGAUUGUUGCUCUCCAAGACCAAGUUGCAUCUCUCCAAGAUUCUAUUACUACCACUGAACUUAACUUUAAGCAAAAAGAAAAUAAUUUGAAACGAGAAAAGUUUGCUUUGAAAAAAACACUUAAUCAAUCAAUGACUCGUCCAAAUACUGCCAGUGCUUUGCAAUAAAUAAAACAAUUGC